AUGACUCAGAUAAAGGAUGACACUGUUACUUACGAUUACAUUGUGAUUGGUGGCGGAACAAGUGGUGCAGUUGCAGCUCGACGUUUAGCAGAAGGAGAUACAAACUCUACUGUAUGUCUUCUCGAAGCUGGUCCAAGCGACGAAGAGAUCAUUCAUAUUCGUGUACCUGGUAGGUGGGCUGCGUAUAAGGAAAGGUCGUACGAUUGGAACUAUGAUACUAGUGCUCAAAAAGGUUGCAAUAAUCGUAUUAUGUACGCUUUACGUGCUCGAUGCCUUGGUGGAUGUAGUGCAAUCAAUGGUACAUUGCUUAUUCGAGGUGCCAAAGCAGAUUAUGAUCGAAUCGCGGCCAUGGGAAAUCCAGGAUGGAGUUGGGAAGAAAUGUUGCCAUAUUUCAAAGCAUCUGAGACAUUUCAUCCAGUUGAAUGGCAUCAGGCAGACUUGACUGUUCAUGGUACUAGUGGACCAUUGCAUACCGAACCCUAUCCUCUUGCACCUAUCUCGGAAAAAGUUCUUGAAUCAUUUAUUGACAGUGGCUUUGAGUAUAAACCUGAUAUGUUUGUGCAGGGUGCUCACGAAGGUGUUGGACAUGUUGUACGUACAGUUCACAAUGGUAUUCGAAGUACAAGUGCUGACUUCGUUCAGCAUUAUGACAAACCAAACCUUACAGUUCGAACAGGUGUCUAUGUUGAUCGAAUCAUUCUGGAAAAAAAUGAUAAAAGUACUGAAGAUAAACGUGACUACAAGGCAGUCGGAGUAGAAGCACAUUAUGAUACAAAUGGUCAACCGAUAAUUAUCAAAGCAAAAAAAGAAAUUAUUCUAAGUGCUGGGUAUGCUAGAAAGACAUAUGACUCGAUCCAAGGUCGAGUUCGUAGACUACUAAGAAAACUGUUAAUGUAUUGAAAUUAGCAAUCUUUUCCGAUAAAGUAUCCAACAUCAAAAUGGAACUAGUUUCAAGAGCUCUUGCAGUAAAAAAGAUG